GCCUUCGCCUCGCUCCCCGACUCCGACAUGGCGGAAGAGCGGGAAUACCUGUCGGUCUCCGGGGCUCCUAUUAAGCUGCGGCCCCUCCACCACAGCGCCUCCUGUCGGGAGCUGCAGGUGCGCUCCCCGCGGCUGCAGUUGGGCUCUCUGAGUGCCGUCACGUGCUGCGUCUGGCUCGUGGCUUAUGGGCUCUUCGUCGUCAGCCAGAACACUAUGGUGCUCUCUGCUUCUAUAUUUAUCACAUUGAUUGGCCUACUUGUAUACCUGCACUUUGUGAAAAUUGACCAGGAGUCUCUGCUGAUAAUUGACUCGCUUGGAAUACAGAUGACCUCGUCCUAUGCAUCAGGGAAAGAAAGCACAACCUUUAUAGAGAUGAACCAGGUCAAAGAUGUGGUCAUCAACGAAGCCAUUUAUAUGCAAAAAGUUAUCUACUACUUGUGCAUCCUUCUCCAAGAUCCUAUUGAACCUCAUGCUGUUUCUGAAGUAGUGCCACUAUUUCAGAGCUCCAUGCCACGUCUAGACUGCCUUGUAGACAUAUACAAAAGUUGCCAAGAAAUCCUGGAGCAGAGGAAAAAAUCUUGAUACCAUCUUUUAAUGUGAAACUUUUUAUCAAGACAGAAGAGCCACAAUAAUACAACUUUUCCCCAAGUUAUUAGGUGAAGCUUUUCCAAAGCAACCAUGUCAACGUCCCUGACUUGAUUGACAACUAGGUAAGACUAGAUUCAAAUCCACCGAGGAACUGAAAACUGCUAGUGGCUUUUUGAGAAAGGAUUGAACGUGCAGCUGUGAAGAAAUGUCACAGAACAAAAUUACUAAUCCAGGUUCCAAAUUUUCUUUGGUCAACCUCAUGAUGUAAGAAGCUCAAUGAUAACUUUUUCCUGUCAAAAAUUAACCCUGUCUAAAUGACUGGAAAUCUACAAGGAAAGUUCAGCAGAAAUAAGAUGAAAGUAAAGUUUUUUCCCCCUUCCUAAAUAAAGUUCCAUGGAAGACUAGAA